AUGGGCAUUUAUGAAAUUGUUCUUCCUCUUAAGAUGAUUGAAAUUUUAGCACUCAGGAAGUCUCUUUCUUGGCUUCAUAAACAUAAUGUCUAUAAUGUGCAUUUUGAGUCAGAUGUUAAAGUUAUUGUUGAUGCCAUUUUGAACUCUUGGGAAGAUUGGGAAACUAUUUCACAUGUUAGUUCCACUUUCUGGAGAAGGGAAACUAUUUCACAUCUUUUCUCUGCUCUUCGUGCAUACUGCUGUCUUCACUUUCCUGCCUCUAUCUUCCAGCCUUUGGGGGUUAAGAUGAAUCGGAUUAUGCCCCCUAAGAUUCUUAUGCCGCUCAUAGGGAGCUUGAACGUUGCUUCAGAUGUCUUCCUAACGGGGCGAUUGGCGGGGGAGGUUACUCGACAAGUCGCCAAAAUCAUGUUUUCCAGGUCGUCCGGACGGCCUCCUCCCCCUGCUCCUGCCCGAGCUCCGGAGCCGAGCUUUCGCGGUGCCGAAUCUUUAAGGCGGCCAAGUAUUGACAAGUCCAUUUCAGCCGUGCUGGUUGUUCAAGCUCUCAGGUUCUCUCGGGCUUCAAGGCCGAGCGAGGACUCCGGUUUGACGAUAGCGAAGCCUGCCCCGUCUUUUGGUGAUACUUCUGGAGAGAGGCCUGAGGCCUUUAUAGCUGAAAUGAGGACCCUUGCUAGCCGGGCUGAGAUCGCCUCUGCGAGGAAUGUUUAUGGGGUCCCCUCCGAGGUCGGUCCGACUGAUGAGGAUAGGGAUCCCAGCUUUGUGGAUGAUGGGGGUGUAGCGGAGAAGGUCGGAGACAAGCGUCCUAUUCUCCUCAAAGUGUUUGUCUUGGUUCGCGCUCCAAAGAAGUCUUGGGCUUCCGGAAGAUCGGCUCCUGUCUUUCUUUCUCCCGGGGAGGAGGAGAGGAUUCUCGUGGUGCCCCUGAUGUCUGCUCCUGACUCAAACUCAUGGAAUAACAUGGUUUCUGAGGCUUAUUAUGAGAUACAAGAUGCUGUUUACACAUGUAAUAUUAGCAAGGAAUGUCUCGCCAAUUUUCCUCGGCUUGCUCGGGUUAUUCUUGCUAAAUGUUUGUUCAUGGGAAGAUGUCUAUCCGCCGACCUUGUGGUUCUAGACUUGACAGAUUUUGACGUCAUUCUAGGGAUGGAUUGGCUAUCUACCCAUGGUGCUACCUUGGAUUGCAGAGACAAGGUAGUUAAGUUCAGAUGUCAGGAUGGGUCAGAGGUUGUCUUUAGAGGAGACAGGGGGAGUACGCCUAGAGGUUUGAUAUCAGCCCUACAGGCUCGUAGGCUGCUCAGGAGGGGUUGUCAGGGUUAUCUAGCUCAUGUGAGAGAGCUAGACAGAGAUGUCAGAGAGCCCGCCUCAGUGCCUGUGGUUAGAGAGUUCGUAGAUGUCUUCCCAGACGAACUGCCAGGUUUACCGCCUCCGAGGGAGAUAGAGUUCGAGAUAGAAUUGAUGCCUACCAAGAACAAGUACCCGUUGCCUAGGAUCGAUGAUCUAUUCGACCAGCUAGCAGGAGCAGGUUGUUUCUCCAAAAUAGAUCUGAGAUCUGGGUAUCAUCAGCUGAGGAUCAGAGAUGAAGACGUGCCAAAGACAGCUUUCAGAACCAGAUAUGGGCACUAUGAGUUCCUAGUGAUGCCGUUCGGGUUAACAAACGCCCCUGCAGCAUUCAUGGACCUCAUGAACAGAGUAUUUAGCCAAUACCUGGAUCACUUCGUUAUUGUCUUCAUAGAUGAUAUCUUAGUGUAUUCCAGGAAUAUAGCAGCUCCUCUGACCAGGUUAACCAGGAAGAAUCAGAAAUUUCUGUGGACCGACCAGUGCGAAGAGAGUUUUGAAGAGCUUAAGAAGAGGUUGACUUCAGCACCAGUUUUAGCUCUGCCAUCUAGUGAUGAGGACUUUACAGUCUUUUGUGAUGCAUCCCGUGUGGGACUGGGUUGUGUACUGAUGCAGAAUGAGAGGGUGAUUGCUUAUGCUUCUAGGCAGCUGAAGAAGCAUGAGUUGAAUUACCCCACACAUGACCUUGAGAUGGCAGCAAGCCUGCAGCACAUCCUGAGUCAAAGAGAUUUGAAUCUGAGACAAAGAAGAUGGGUAGAACUGCUCAGUGACUACGAUUGCAAAAUCCAGUAUCAUCCGGGUAAGGCUAAUGUAGUAGCUGAUGCCUUAAGCCGGAAAUCACUCGGCAGUCUAUCCCACAUCACGGCAGAACGAAGACCAGUAGUAAAGGAGUUCUACAAGCUCAUCGAAGAAGGGCUGCAGUUGGAGUUGUCGGGUACAGGUGCCUUGUUGGCUCAGAUGAAAGUGACACCCGUGUUCCUUGAGCAAGUUGCUCAGAAACAGCAUGAGGACCCCGAGUUAGUGAAGAUUGCCAGGACUGUUCAGUCAGGCAAUGAUAGUGAGUUCAGAUUCGACAGUAAGGGGAUCCUCCGCUAUGGGAGUCGAUUAUCUGGAAUGCUUAACCCGCUACCUAUUCCAGAAUGGAAAUGGGAAAAUAUAGCUAUGGACUUCGUAGUAGGGUUACCGGCGGCGUCCAACAGAGUGGACUCCAUAUGGGUGAUUGUGGACAGACUCACCAAAUCUGCUCACUUCAUUCCUGUCAGGAGUGGCUAUUCUGUGGACAAGUUAGCGCAGGUGUAUGUGGACGAGAUCGUCAGGCUGCAUGGGGUUCCCGUUUCGAUAGUGUCAGAUAGAGGGCCCCAGUUCACCUCCAGGUUUUGGCGGAGUCUGCAGAAUGCCAUGGGUACUAGGUUGGAUUUCAGUACUGCCUUCCACCCCCAGACUGAUGGACAGUCAGAAAGGACCAUCCAGACUAUCGAGGAUAUGCUCAGAAUGUGUGUGCUGGACUUUGGCGGUUCUUGGAGGCAGCAUCUACCUUUGGUGGAGUUUGCCUACAAUAACAGCCAUCAUGCUAGCAUCGGGAUGGCUCCGUAUGAAGCUUUGUACGGGAGGAAGUGCAGAUCACCUGUUUGCUGGGAGGAAGUUGGAGAGAAGGCCUUGGCAGGGCCUGAGCUAGUAGAGAUUACCAGCAGGGUGGUACCCAUAAUCAGAGAAAGAAUCAAGACUGCUGCAAGCAGACAGAGGAGUUAUGCAGACAUCCGCAGAAGACAGUUAGAGUUUCAGGAGGGGGAUCUGGUAUUGCUUAGGGUGUCUCCAAUGAAGGGAGUGGUUCGCUUCGGGAAGAAAGGUAAACUAGCCCCACGAUACAUCGGACCCUUUGAAAUCUUGCAAAAGAUUGGGAAUGUGUCGUACAGGCUAGAUUUACCUGCUUCAAUGGCAAGAAUCCAUCCGGUUUUCCAUGUUUCAAUGUUGAGGAAGUUUGUGUCAGAUCCGAGCAAGGUUCUUAGUAAGCCUGAUGUGGAGGUCCAAGAGGAUCUCACCUAUGUUGAACAGCCAGUACGGAUCAUAGACACGCAGAUCAGAAAGUUAAGAAAUAAGGAAAUCCCGAUGGUGAAAGUCCUGUGGAACCACCACAACUUGGAAGAGUGCACUUGGGAGACACGGGAGUCUAUGCUCCAGCAGUACCCUCAGCUCUUUUAA